AUGGAGGUAAAACCGCCGCCCGGCCGCCCCCAGCCCGACUCCGGCCGUCGCCGCCGCCGCCGCCGGGGGGAGGAGGGCCAUGAUCCAAAGGAACCAGAACAGUUGAGAAAACUGUUUAUUGGUGGUCUGAGCUUUGAAACUACAGAUGAUAGCUUAAGAGAACAUUUUGAGAAAUGGGGCACACUUACAGAUUGUGUGGUGAUGAGAGACCCCCAAACAAAACGUUCCAGGGGCUUUGGUUUUGUUACUUACUCUUGUGUUGAAGAGGUGGAUGCAGCAAUGUGUGCUCGACCACACAAGGUUGAUGGGCGUGUAGUGGAACCAAAGAGAGCUGUUUCUAGAGAGGAUUCUGUAAAGCCUGGUGCCCAUCUAACAGUGAAGAAAAUUUUUGUUGGUGGUAUUAAAGAAGAUACAGAAGAAUAUAAUUUGAGAGACUACUUUGAAAAGUAUGGCAAGAUUGAAACCAUAGAAGUUAUGGAAGACAGGCAGAGUGGAAAAAAGAGAGGAUUUGCUUUUGUAACUUUUGAUGAUCAUGAUACCGUUGAUAAAAUUGUUGUUCAGAAAUACCACACUAUUAAUGGGCAUAAUUGUGAAGUGAAAAAGGCCCUUUCUAAACAAGAAAUGCAAUCUGCUGGAUCACAAAGAGGUCGUGGAGGUGGAUCUGGCAACUUUAUGGGUCGUGGAGGAAACUUUGGAGGUGGUGGAGGUAACUUUGGCCGUGGUGGAAACUUUGGUGGAAGAGGAGGCUAUGGUGGUGGAGGUGGUGGCAGCAGAGGUAGUUACGGAGGAGGUGACGGUGGAUAUAAUGGGUUUGGAGGCGACGGUGGUAACUAUGGCGGUGGUCCUGGUUACAGUAGUAGAGGAGGCUAUGGUGGUGGUGGACCAGGAUAUGGAAACCAAGGUGGUGGAUAUGGUGGCGGUGGUGGCGGAUAUGACGGUUACAAUGAAGGAGGAAAUUUUGGAGGUAACUAUGGUGGUGGUGGGAGCUAUAAUGAUUUUGGAAAUUAUAGUGGACAACAGCAAUCAAAUUACGGACCCAUGAAGGGGGGCAGUUUUGGUGGAAGAAGCUCGGGAAGCCCCUAUGGUGGUGGUUAUGGAUCUGGUGGUGGAAGUGGUGGAUAUGGUAGCAGAAGGUUCUAAAAACUCAGAAGAAAAGGGCUACAGUUCUUAGCAGGAGAGAGAGCGAGGAGUUGUCAGGAAAGCUGCAGGUUACUUUGAGACAGUCGUCCCAAAUGCAUUAGAGGAACUGUAAAAAUCUGCCACAGAAGGAACGAUGAUCCAUAGUCAGAAAAGUUACUGCAGCUUAAACAGGAAACCCUUCUUGUUCAGGACUGUCAUAGCCACAGUUUGCAAAAAGUGCAGCUAUUGAUUAAUGCAAUGUAGUGUCAAUUAGAUGUACAUUCCUGAGGUCUUUUAUCUGUUGUAGCUUUGUCUUUUUCUUUUUCUUUUCAUUACAUCAGGUAUAUUGCCCUGUAAAUUGUGGUAGUGGUACCAGGAAUAAAAAAUUAAGGAAUUUUUAACUUUUCAA